AUGGGAGGAAAAGGAUCAAAAGAAACUCUUGAAGAUACUAUCUUCAACUUCCGAAUGGGAUCAAAACAGCUCGCCAAAGAAUCACAGAGAAGUGAACAGCAAUGCAACAUAGAAAAGCAAAAAGCUGCAGCAAGUCUUAAAAAAGGGAUGAUUGACAAUGCCAGGAUAUAUGGGGAAAACGCUAUAAGAUUCCACAAUGAGAGUUUGAAUUAUUUGCGAUUAUCAUCAAAAUUAGAUGCUGUACAAUGCAAAAUAAAUUUUUAAAAUUAAAAUUUUAUUUUUUCUUAAUUAGUUUCCAUAUAAUUUUUUUUUAAAACUAUUUUUAUAACCAGUACAAUCACGUAUCCGCUCCGCAAGCCGAACCCAAGAAUUGACCAAGCAAUUUGGCCAUGUCAUUCCUCAAAUGAAUUCUGUCUUAAAAUCCAUGAAUCCAGAGCACAUUGCAAGGACUAUGAAUCAGUUUGAAAGUGUAUUUGAGAACUUUGAAGUUGUAUUUAUUGAGGUUAUUGAAUGGCUUCUUGUGAUAAUGAAUCAGUAUUUAUCCUCAGCUUGCUUCGCUUAGAUGAAGUACCUUAUUGCUAACUUCUCUUGACUCUACUUACAGAAUCGUUCACCUAGUAUUAGUCUUAUCCCUAUGCUAUAAAAUCUCUUUAAUUCAUCUUCAGACCGCCAUCUUUCCUCAAAGUCCUCAGUUCUGCCAUCUAAAGGAGCUAUGAGGAUGAGCUAAUUCGUCACGACGUUUUAAUGUAUAUAUGAAGCUGUAUCAGGAACAAUAAAUCAGUCAUUAGAAACAGCAACUGUAACGAGUGCUCCAAGAAGCCAAGUAGACGAAUUUUUGAGCCAAAUUGCUUCAGAGCAUGGCAUACAAGUGCAAGCAGAGCUUGGAGAAGUCCCACUGACUCAGCCAGUCAUGCCAGCACAACAAGUGCAUGAGGAACAGAAAGCGGGAGUUGCAAGAUAUCAAUAA